AGUGCAGAGAGAGGCAGUGCUGAGUUAAAGACACCGAAACACAGACACAUCACAGCAAAAAAUAGCGAGGGAAGAGAGAAGCAGAUGAUCAGUUUCAGUCGCUUCUCUGAUUUUUAAAUAUUGAUCAUGAAUUUGUCGUGAAAAUCCGACUGAAUCUGUCGCUCGUGUGUGUAAAGGAGGCAAAACGAAACCUUUUUUUUCCUCGUGCCGCACGGAUUUCUCGCCCUUUUUUCAGUUCGCUACACUUAAAAAUCAUCAUUACAGGACACAUUUUAGAUAUUAUUAUUAUUUACUGUGUAUUUUGGGAGAGAGAGGAUUUUGAACAUGGGAUGUUUGGGUAACAGCAAGACAGAAGAUCAGCGCAUCGACGAGAAGGCGCAACGAGAGGCGAAUAAAAAGAUCGAGAAACAGUUACAGAAAGAGAGACAGGCGUACAAAGCCACACACCGCCUUCUCUUAUUAGGCGCAGGGGAAUCCGGGAAGAGCACUAUAGUCAAACAGAUGCGGAUUCUGCACGUCAACGGCUUUAACGCAGAAGAAAAGAAGCAAAAAAUAUUGGAUAUUCGGAAAAAUGUCAAGGACGCAAUUGUCACGAUAGUAUCUGCUAUGAGCACCUUAACGCCCCCGGUGUCAAUUGCCAACCCGUCCAAUCAGCCUAGAGCAGAGUACAUCAAAAGUAUAGCUCCGCUCUCAGAUUUUGACUACACAGAGGAGUUUUUUGAGCAUGCAAAGAAUCUGUGGGAUGAUGAGGGAGUGAAGGCCUGUUUCGAGCGCUCAAACGAGUAUCAGCUCAUUGACUGUGCACAGUACUUCCUGGACAGAAUUGAGUCUGUACGACAGGGUGACUAUACACCAACAGACCAGGAUUUGCUGAGGUGCCGUGUUUUGACAUCAGGGAUUUUUGAAACCCGAUUUCAAGUAGACAAAGUCAACUUUCAUAUGUUUGAUGUGGGUGGUCAGAGAGAUGAAAGAAGGAAAUGGAUUCAGUGCUUUAAUGAUGUGACCGCCAUCAUCUUUGUGGCAGCCAGUAGCAGUUAUAACAUGGUCAUAAGGGAAGACAACAGCACUAACCGGCUACGCGAGUCUCUUGAUCUGUUCCGCAGCAUCUGGACUAACAGGUUUUUAAGGACCAUCUCAGUGAUCUUAUUUCUGAACAAACAGGACAUGCUGGCAGAAAAGAUCCUGGCAGGAAAAUCCAAACUUGAAGAUUAUUUCCCAGAGUAUGCUCGCUACACUCUUCCUCCUGAAGCGACUCCUGAUCCCGGAGAAGACCCAAAAGUGUCCAGGGCAAAGUUUUUUAUCCGAGAUGAAUUCUUGAAAAUCAGCACAGCAAGUGGCACAGACAAACACUACUGCUAUCCCCAUUUCACCUGUGCUGUGGACACAGAAAACAUCCGUCGUGUAUUCAAUGACUGUCGUGACAUUAUUCAGAGGAUGCACCUCCGCCAAUAUGAACUCUUGUGAUUGGCUGUCUGGAUCGGUCGCUUUUCCAAUCAACAAUUAUCCAGUACCUCAUCACAUGGGUGUGGUCUUUAAGAACUACUGAAGAGUGACAAUUUUUUUUUUUUCUGCUUUUCACUUGUUUGCUUUCCUUUUUAAUUUAUUUAUAGUCAUAUAUGAAUUAUAUGAAUGUGUGUAUAAGGUGAAAUUAUUUCUAUUUUAUGUUUUAUACUACUCGGUCACUAGGUCAUUUCUUUCUUUAUAUAUUUUGUUGUUGUUGUUGUUGUUGUGUUUCAGCAUUGACUGGCUUUAGAUGAAGUUAGAUUAGAAGAUUAGAUGUGGUUUGACCAGCGGACAUAAUGGAAACCUGUGGUAACCUGUGACCUGUGUCAGGAUGGUCUGGCCUUUGACCUUUCCCCUGUAUCUAAUGAAGGGGACAUUGGAAUACUUGACAUAGGAGAAAUUGGGUACAUAAAUGGUUUAAUGAAGCACUUUGCAUCAGUUGUUUCCUAGCCAGGAUGCAAAAUUCACAAUGUAGCACCUAUGUAUUUUUCUUUCUUUUUUUUCAAUGUUUUAGUUUAGUUUAUAUUACCUUUUUGCUUUUUUUUCUGCAAAGCAUGCAGAAAGGACUUCAGGGCUAGAUAGGAGUUUGUAACCAACUACAGAGCACAGAGUAGAAGGUGGGGCUUGUGGGAUUUGUCAUACACCAGGGGCAAUCCAUCCUGUGAGAACCGUCACCACCAACCAAUGCCUCCUUUAGUAUGGGCAGCCCUUAUUUGGGAGGUAGUUCUUAAUAUUGAUACAAAGAAGAACACAAUAUAUUUUUAAGGGUUUUGUUUUGUUAUUCUAAAAAAAUUGCAAGGUUGCUUGAUCUUGUACAGCACUGCAAAAUGUUAUUUUAUAUAACUUCUACAAGACAAAACUUUGACUUGUAGAAGCUCUUUGUGCCUUUGAAUAUGGCUGUACCUCUAAAUGAAGAUAAAUUAUGUAUGAUUGGAAAGCGGUGUACAGCUUGAUGUCAAAUCUUACAUCCAGCACAGCUGACGAAAAAUCGCUCUGUAGACUAAUUUUUUUUUUUCUGUACUAUAAAGCUAUUUUAAAUGUCUUUUAUUAUAAAAUGAAAAAAAAAUCUUGGUAUACAAUAUGCAAAAUUAACCACUUUGUUUAGAAACUGCAAAUACAGUAUGUCUUACAGUU